GGAGUUCGAAGGUGGUAUCGUUGUAUCAUACCUCCGUCCAUAUAGAGAUAAACUCAAUAACACCGGGGCCCGCUUGGUCAUACUUCGCCGAAGUUAUAAAGAUAGAUAGGUCAGCUCUAUCCCGUUCUCAGUCGUAGCUUGCUUCUUCCAACGCGUGGCUUUACAACUCAACAGUUUGUGCUUUGCCGCGGUCAUUUGUAAAGAAGCUUAAGCAACAACUAUCAUACCUCUGUUACGCGGGUCCAUUUACAGGAUGUUAAAACAACAUAAUAAAUGAUCUUUAAAGGCCGGCCGCCCAAAGGCGCCGGUUCUGCAAGCGGUCGCUUUGUGUAGAAGGUCGAGGAGCAUUCUUCCUGAGACACAUGCACCGCUGGCGAAAAUAAUACUAGCAACUACACCGUGAAUUCCUGAAGAUGUCGUUAUUUAAGGCGCGCGACUGGUGGCAGACGAAGUGUGGACAUGGCGAGGAAUUUGACAUGGGUUGCCUGCUCGUGGCGAACAUCGAUAAUGACCCCUCGGGGCAAGUCAAGAUCCUGACUGGCUCCUUCUCCGGCUUCCUGCGCGUGUUCCUGCCCCGCGACCGCGGCUACCGGCCCGAGGACCUGCUGCUGGAGGCGGAGCUGGAGGGCGGACCCGUGCUGGCGCUGGCGGCGGGGCGCUUUACGGGCUCCGGCGGGCUGCAGCUGGCGGUGCUGCACCCGCGCAAGCUGGCGGUGUACGGGGUGGCCAGCCAGGGGGGCGGCGCCUUCCUGCACCUCUCGCGGCUGUAUGAGCACUGGCUGGAGCACACGGCGGCCAACAUGACGUAUGGACCCUUCGGGGGCGUGCAGGGCUGUGACUACAUCUGCGUGCAGUCCUACGACGGCCAGCUAACGUUCUUCGAGGCGGAGGGUCAGGCCUUCAGCCGCUACCUGCCCGCCUUCCUGGUGCCCGGUCCGUUGGCGUACGUGGAGGCGGGCGACAGCUUUGUGACGGCCACUGCGGCGCUGGAGCUGGAGAGCUACAAGUACAAGGUCAUUGCGGCGGCCAGCAGCGACAAGGCAACGGUGCACCCCAAGGACCUGAGCGGCACCUCGGCAGCUGCGCCCCCGCCGCCCACCACCCCCACCUCCAAGAGGAUGCAGGCUGACUGGAAGGUGGUGCUUGGCGAGGCGGCCAUUGACAUCCGAGUGGGGCGCUUCUCGCAGGGACUGAACGCCUCCCACCAGGCGGACAUCAUCGUGCUGGGCGAGCAUAACCUGUUCGUGCUGUCCUCGGGCGGGCAGAUCACCUUCCAGAAGCGGCUGGAGUACCACCCCGCCUGCUGCACCACCUACCCGGUGCCGGGGGCAAAGGCGCCGGGGGGGCCGGAGAACCUGCUUGUGGCCACGCACACUCGGGCGCUGCUGGUCUACCGCUCCUCCGUACUCACAUGGGCAGCCAAGGCAGACCUGAUGCAGGCGGGUGCCGUACCCGUCGCCAUCACCGUCGCCGACCUGCCCGGCAUGCGUGGCGGGGUGGUGCUGCUGGACGACGCGGGGGGCCUCACGGUGGCCUACAUGGGCACAGACCCGCUGCUGAACCCGGUGGGCUUCACCGAGGGCAAGGACCUGGACUACGAGGCCAUGGCUCGGGAGCACCGGCAGCUGGCGGCGGUGAUUCGGGAGCACGGCGGGGGGGCGGGCGGGGGACGGCUGGUGGAGCCGGCGGAGCGGCUCAUCAUGCGGGCGCAGAUCCCCCAGCGCCUGGACGCCCCCCGCGGCGGCAGCGGACUGGGUGAGGUGGAGGAGCUGUCCUCGCUGGGGGCGGUGGCGGGCGGCAAGCGGCUCACCAUAAAGCUGUACCUGGUGCUGCAGGGCGGCGGCAGUGCGGAGGAUCUGACCCUCUCCAUCACCGCACCCGAGCCACUCACACCCGUGGCGCCCGAGAUCUCCGUCCCCACCGUCAGCUCCGACCCCGCCGACCCCACCCUGGUGCUCCUCACCCUGGCCACCGGCACCGGCCUGCCCGCAGCGCACACGGCACUGGUGGUGGCAACAUACACCAGCAAGACUGGCGAGCCCCGCAGCCAGCGUCUCGACCUGCUGCUGCCGCUGUGCGCCUUCUGCCAGCUGGUGCCGCCCGUCAAGAACGCAGAGUUCAAGGUGACGCUGGCCACCAACCGCGCCCCGCCGCCGCUGGGCUCGCUGUUCGAGGAUGUGCUGGCGGCUGCACCGCCCGGGGUGGCCCAGGCGCUCGCCGGCCCAGUCAUCGGCGGCGGCCUCAACCUGGGCGGCGCCAGCCUGGGCCUCACCGGCAGUGGGGGCACUCCCGGCACCCCUGGCGGUGGUGGUGGCGGUGGCAGUGCGAGCGUGCUGUCGUUCCAGUUCCACGGCGGCUGCGGCGACGUGACCAUCCUGGUGUCCAAGGCGGGCGGGCGGUACCGCAUACAGUCAGAUGUGCUGGAGGCGCUGUGGCUGGUGGCGGGGGAGCUGGCCUCCCGCCUCACCCGCUACUACGGCGAGGCUGAGGCGGGUCUUCCGGUGCCGCCGGAGGGCCCCUUCGCACUCGGCUACGAGGACGCCCUGCCGCUGGACGACUUCUUUGAGGUUGUUGAGCAGCACUUCGCUGCCCGGCUGCGUGUGUCCGCCCUGCGCACCGCGCUGGAGGACCGCGCGGUGCAGUUCAGGAACAUCGAGAAGAGGCUGCUCAUGCGGUUCAAGGACAAGAACCCCGCGUCCCUCAACCAGCUGGACCUGCUGAUGAACGAGACGUACGAGGGGCUUAUGGAUCUGGGCACUGAGAUGGAGGCGGCGCAGGCGGCGGUGGCGGCUGCUGCGCGGCGGCUGGCUGGGUGCGUGCAGCUGCUGCUGCUGCUGGUGCGCUGGCGGUUCGGACUGACGGAGGCGGAGUUCGGCGUGCUGCGGGCCAGCAUGGCGCCAGAGGUGAUCGACGGCAGCGAGGUGGGUUGGGAGGAGACCACGGAGGCCGCCAUGACGCACCUGCUGCGGACGUGUCUGGCAAAGAACGCCAAGGAGCAGGCGGUGCAGGUGACCCCCCUGGCCCCCGCCAAGGACACCCAGCGCCUGCGCAAACACGUCUCACUCGUGCUGGAGCGCAUGGCGCGAGGUAUGCGACUGGCAUCCCCUCAGGAGGCAGCAGCAGCACACCCCGCAGCAGCAGCUGCUGCAGCAGCGGGGGCUGUGGGUGCGGGUGCAGGUAGUGCUGCCCCCGGCGGUCCUCGGCCGCUGUAUCGGGAGCAUUCCACGCUGCUGGCGGCCGCGGCGGCGGCGGCAGCGGCGGCGCCGGAGGUGUCUGGACUGCCUGCGUUGCCGCUGGUGGCGGCGCCGGGGUUGACGGUGGUGGCGGAGGAUGAUGGGUCGCUGGUGAUGGGGGGUGGCGGCGGCGGCGGAGUGGAGUGAGGGUGGUUGCGGGAUGCCGGGGAAGGCUGAUGCCGGGAGUAAAGAGAUGUGUCGCUUAGGUGGCAUGGUAAUGAUGUAUGUUGUGCUAGGGUGGUUGCGAGCGGCGGGAAGGCGGGAAAAGGGCGGGCGGUUUUGAUGUGUGGGUAAACUUGAUUAGGAGGCUUUGCCAGCGGCAGGUUUAUGCGGAGCAUAAUCUUAGAACGCGGUGAGGUAGCAGGGGUCAACUUUGUCGUUUGCUCCCGCCGGAAUCCGUGUUGACUUUCAAAGCUUGGACUGCACGUGCGACCAGCUGGUAUGUGUCGUAAUGGCUGCUCGCUUCAUAUAGGCGUCUAUUGGUGAUGAAGGGUCAUGGCUUUGCGUCGGGUGAUGUAUGCACGGGGCGGAUAUCGACAGCGACAGCUGCUAAGGCCCGGCACGGCAUGCUCCCGUGCGUGGCACGUCUUAAUCCACUGCU